AUGCCGGAUGUGACUCUCCCAAUUUUUGCCCUAGUCUCCGUCAUUCUUGCGCUUCUUCCAGUUCCUUCACAUUGGAGGGCAAGAAAUAUAUCGAUUCUAGCACUUGUUUUCUGGCUUAAUGUGGGAAACUUGAACAAUUUUAUCAAUCGCUUGGUAUGGAAUGAUAAUGCCAUUAACAAGGCUCCAGUGUGGUGUGAUAUAUCCGUGAAACUUAUGAGCAUGGUUACGAUGGGAGUUCCUUGUGCAGCUUUACGGAUUUCUCGAAGAUUGUGCGAAAUCGCCUCCCUUCGUUGCAUUCCUGAGAGCAAAGACCAAAAAAAGAAAGCCUUACAAUGCGAUGCUCUUUGGGUCACCUUUUUACCAAUAUUUUACGCUGCUCUGACCAUUAUAAGUCAGGGACAUCGCUUUAAUAUCGUUGAAGGCCAAGGUUGUCAGCCAGCUAUCUAUUUCUCGCCGAUAACAAUUGUUAUUGAUUAUGGCAUGCCUCUAAUUGCAAGCUUUAUUUCAAUUAUUUAUUCGAUCAUGGCUUUAUUUUAUUUCUUCGCCCACAAGAAAAAUUUCGAGUCCAUCUUAUCCCAAAGUGGCAGUGGUUUAAGCACCAAAAAGUUUCUAAAAAUGAUCUCUUUUACUUUGAUUGACCUGAUACUAAAUUUUCCAACUUUGUUGGCAGAUUUUAGUCUUGAGCUCACGUAUUCAAAGAUUCUUCCAUUUGUUUCUUGGAGUGUUGUGCACAGUCGUUUUGGUGACGUCUGGAUUUAUACUUCUGAUUUAUUCGACAGUCCAGGCGGCAAGCGCUUUCUCUUACUGUCACUUUUUUCUGCAUGGACACUAUGUGCGACUGCCAUCAUAUUUUUCUUGCUAUUCGGAUUUAGUCUUGACGCUCGAUCAGAUUAUGAUAAAGCACAUGCUAGACUAAAGUCAUUGUUCAGAAAUCGCGCCAGUGGGAACACAGGUUCGAAGUACGUUGGCACUUUGACAUCUGACAAUUUAAGUAUUGAAAAUGUACUUAAUCAAGAAUCUGUGGCAUCGAACGAUCUAGAGUCACAACACGAAAAAGUUUCAGACAAUGGCAGUGCGCAUUCAUGGACUGAAUUUGAAACAGUACAUUCUCAUGCGAGUUAUGACAAACAUUGUCAGAAUCAAGAUAUUUCAGAAGAAAAAAAUCUGCGCAUUCAAUAA